AUGUACCAGUAUUUUGAUCUACAGGAUAAUGUUAAACUCCAGGAGAAAGUUUUUGUGGAUGUGAUACUGUAUUUUGGACGCCGUGGUCGAGAGAAUUUACACAAGUUACGAACCACGGAUUUCAUCGCCCGGCGUGAUUCGGAGGGUAGACUGUACAUUGAUUUAGAGAAAGGGAAAGACACACAGAUCCAACAAACGGAUACCAACCAAGCUGAGGGAAGGAUGUACGCGAUGCCAGAUAACCCUCUUUAUUGCCCAGUGACAUCUUUUUUGGAGUACAAGAGACGACUAAAUCCAAACUGUGUACGAUUUUUCCAAAGACCAAAACGCAGUCACGAGCAUUGUCACCUGUGGUACGACAAUGUAGCUAUGGGUCAUAAUACCUUAGGGAACAUGAUGGCAAAAAUUUCCGAAAAAGCAGGGUUAUCUCAGAGAUAUACAAACCACUCACUCAGAGUGACGCUGCUUCAAUCCCAGGAUUCCACAGGUGACCCGUCCUGCCCCGUGACGUCUUUUAAGAAAUAUAUCUCCAAGUUACAUCCUGACAACCCAAACUUCUGGCAGCGAGCCAAGAAAAGAGUCAGAGACUCAGACGGGCAGUGGUAUGAUAAAGCUUCUUUAGGGAAGAACACCCUCAACUCGUUUAUGUCUAGCCUGAGCGAGGAGGCGGGUCUUAGUCAGAGGUAUACCAAUCACUGUAUCAAGACCACCAGCGUCGCAGUGUUAGACAACCAGGUGGUUGACGUAACGUCCCACAAUUCCAGACUGGAGGACCAGAGGAAGAGGGAAAUGUCCGACAUUCUGUGCCAAAAUCUUCCGUCUAUAUCCGCCACGACUGGAUUCCAGAAUACUGCUGCGUCAUCAACUCCGACUCACACAAACUCUUGGUCUGGAAAAGACGAUCAUUUCACCGGAAUGAACGAGUACAGGAAUCUACUGGUGGGCGACGCGGCCAGUGCAUGGAAGCGUCUGAUUGGACGGUUUUACUGGCUCAACGAUAGCGACAUCGCCAAACAUCUGAUUGAGGUUCACGAAAUCCACUGCCAUGGCUCAUGUCCUUUAGAAAGAACACAGGAUACACCGAACUCAGGACCAGUGAUCUCAAACAAACAACAGGUUCUAGACCUGACACCUUCUACAGACACUCACACAGGAAAUAAGGACAUCUUACUGCAGUUAGAAGUUGACGAGGAAGCGGAGUCCAUUGAUGAAGACUCGAGUGAUGACAGUGACCUACAGGGGGACGAGGAUUUCGAUAUCAAACAAGAACAGUUGUCUGAGGAUGACACCCCGCCCACCUCACCGGGGUCAACCCACCCUAGAACUCGCCAAACAGCGCCAUCUACCAGCAUACACACAAAUAAUCCAGGGGGAGACAACCUCGCAUUGACUGAAGUAAAAUUAGAACCCGUGGAGACCUUUUCCAGCAAUUUUCCAUUGGGAAAUUUCACAGCUGACAAAUCAAGGCCUCAAAAGGAUCCAGUAUUGACAAACACUGACUAUUCUAUACCCAUCCCUACUUCAUCUCAUUCCUCUGUGACAAGUAACACAGCUCCAACAAGGCCUUUUAUACCAAAGAUAAUACAGAAAGCUAUGCAGGAGUCAGACAGAACUGGUACAGGUGCACCGAGAACAGCUCCAUCUAGUGUCAAUUUUGUUUAUCCACUCCUGAACACGGUGACAUCUAGUGUUAAACAAGUUCAUCCACCCUCUUCUCAAAACUCUGUUGUGGCACAGAAUAUAAACCCAGUGACACCACCCACUAACAUAAUCAGAGCACAGCUACCUCUUACACUGAACAGUCCUGCUGCUGGAAAUGCAGUUAAUCUACCUCAGAGUAUACCCUACUUUACCAUACAGCGGGGAAAUGCGCUAUAUCUACAGCAAGCUCCCGCACCUCAAGCUCUACAGCAGACUGCCAAUCCACAUGUUCUGCCCAGACUUCACGUGCUACAGCAAGAUACCACGCCACAUGUGGUUCAACAGACCACCACCCCACAUGUUCAACAGGCUACCACCCCACAUGUUCAACAAACCACCAUUCCACAUGUUCAACAAACCACCAUUCCACAUGUGGUUCAACAGGCCACCACCCCACAUGUUCAACAAGGAACCACCCCACAUGUAGUUCAACAAGUCAUCAUUCCACGAGUAGUUCAACAAGCCCCCACCCCUCAAUCUAUAGCACAGACGUUUUCAAAUUUUGUCAACCCUCUGACAACUUCGUUAUCUCCACCAGGGGGAGCUGAUGUUCACUCUGUGUCUCCGGCUUCACAAGGAUUCCCCACUGAGACAACCCUCGGACAUUAUCUUCCUGUGGAGGAGAAUUUAACAGGCAGGGAUUCCAUUAAAAGGCCUCUGUCUGACAGUGAUGAAGGACCAGGAACCAGUAAAAGAUUAAUUACUGUUAAAGAGGAAACAGACUCGGAGACGAUAGGGGAACCAGUUUAACAUUCUUGAUUUGGAUUUUUCCAGAAUGGUUCAUUUUGGUCAGAAGAUCCACCACUUGGACUUUAAUCAACAAAACUUUUUAUUGAAUUUUGUUUUUCUUUAUAAUCUUUGUUGGAUUUUUUUUGUUCUUGUUAUCAGUAUUUUGAUGAGUUGAUGAUUUUAUCACAAUAAAAAUACUAGAAACUUGUUA